CCCAAUAUAAUGAAACCCAAACCCAAACUCCUUUACUUCAACUCAAUCUAAGUCACACUUGUGAUUGUGAGAGAUGGGUAACCAAGUCUCACUUCGUCCCUCAGAUGGCAGGGGCAAAAUCGUGUUGUGGGACGGUUCCGUGCAUGAAAUUGAGCAAUCGGUGACGGUGGCGGAGCUGAUGCUGGAGCACCCAGAACAGGUGGUGGUUGAGUUGCAUUCGGCAGUGAACCAGAAAAGGCCAACGCCAUUGCCGGCUGAUAACAAGUUAGAAACAAACAAGGCGUAUCUGAUGCUUCCCGUGAGGCGAGGGAAGCCCGUUGGGUUAAGCGGGGAAGAAACUCGACGCAUUCUCUUCAUCCUUAAUUCUGCUCUGCAUUCAAAGUCUCUUGUGGGUUCCUCAAAGUUUGUUCCUUGGCUUACGCGUUUGUGCCAAAACACUACAAUUGUGGAACCAGGGAGAAAGGAAGAGGAAAGAGAGAAGAACGAAGAAAGGUGUCAGUUUUCAGAGCUUCUGCCGGAAAUUCUAGAAGCGAGGCCGGAGUAUUUGAACAGGCAAUUGUCGGGAAAAGGGUGGAAACCUACUUUGGACACCAUUAAGGAGAAGAACAUUGACAGAAAACACAGUCAUUGGUUGUUCUCAGGACUUUCUAUUCCUGCACAUUUAACCUCUACCAAACUUUAGUUUCAUUUCGAUUAUCAUCGAAAUAAAACUCUCCUACUUGUUAAAAGAGUUUUUGUUUUUUAGUAUAGUUAAUCAAUCAGUGAAAAUGUUGUGGCGCCUUUACGCGGUAUGUAUUCUUUGACAUAUACCCAAUGAAUCGUGAAUUACAUACAAAGUUCAGAGUUGUAAUUUUUCUCAGAUCAAUACAACUUAUAUCAAUAUUGUAGAGUUAUAACA